AUGCGCGGGCGCCUCCUCUGCGCUCUGCUGGGCGCCGCGCUGGCACAGGUGAGCUCCCCCUGCGCGCAGGGGGCCCCGCGGGCUCGGUCGGAGGCGGGGGGCGGCGGGGCCAGGGGGGACGGGGGCGGGCAGAGGGCUCGGAGCACGCGUUCCUGUGGAAGCGCUGCCGGCCGAACCGAGCCACGUUGUUCUCCAGGUAACGGGCCCGCGGAGCCGGCGGAGCGGCGGGGGCGGCCCCUGUGCCGCUGGCCCUGCGAGUGCGGCGCGCGGCCCCGCUGCGGCCCGGGGGUGAGCCUGCUGACCGACGGCUGCGGGUGCUGCGAGGUCUGCGCCAGGCAACACGGCGACGCGUGCAACGAGGCCGACGUGUGCGACCCGCACCGGGGGCUGUACUGCGACUACUCGGCGGACCGGCCGCGGUUCGAGACGGGCGUGUGCGCGUACCUUGUGGCUGUGGGGUGCGAGUUCAACAGGGUACACUAUCAUAAUGGCCAGGUCUUUCAGCCCAGCCCCCUGGUUAGCUGCCUGUGCGUGAGCGGGGCCAUUGGGUGCACACCUCUGCUCCUUCCGACGCCGGCCGACAGCGACAGCGGCUGCUCCGGGGCUCCAGACAGAAAGAAGCCUGGCGGACUCGACUGUGGCCGGGGGCCGUCCCGACAGCAGCUUUCAACAAGCUACAGAACAAGGCCGGCUUAUAGGAACCUCCCGCUUAUUUGGAAAGGAAAAUGUCUUGUGCAAGCAACAAAGUGGACUCCUUGCUCCAGAACGUGUGGGAUGGGAAUAUCUGAUCGGGUCACCAAUGAAAAUAGCAACUGUGAAAUGAGAAGAGAGAGAAGACUGUGUUAUAUUCAACCUUGUGACAGUAAUAUAUUAAAGAGAGUAAAGAUCCCGAAAGGAAAAACGUGCCAACCUACUUUCCAACUCUUCAAAGCUGAGAAAUUCGUCUUUUCUGGAUGCUCAAGCACUCAGAGUUAUAAACCCACUUUUUGUGGAGUAUGUGUAGAUAAGAGAUGCUGUGUUCCUAAUAAGUCGAAAAUGAUCACCAUUCAAUUUGAUUGCCCAAAUGAAGGCUCAUUUACAUGGAAGAUGCUGUGGAUUACAUCUUGUGUAUGUCAGAGAAACUGCAGAGAUCCAGGAGAUAUAUUUUCUGAGCUCGAGAUCCUAUAAAACCUAGUAUAUGUGGGAAAAGUUAGGUUCAGGUGAUUAUGUCAUUACCUAAGAAAAUUGGAAUGGUUUCAAAAGGGUGGCAAAUCUACCUUAUUGGUUUAAAACAGUAAGAAUGCCUACCUAUUCUCAGAUGACUAUCUUUAAGGCAUUAGAAGCUAUUAAAAAGGUUCUCUUAAAAAUAUAUGUAAAACUUGGUGCAGCUCUUUCUGCUUAUGGGUCCUGUCCCGGUGCUUUAAUAAAACCACCUUUUUUUGCAUCCCCCCCAAAUUUAUUUAUAUAUAUAUGCUAAAACUAUAUGUGUAUAUAUAUAUAUAAAUUUAUAUAUAAUGUUAAAAAUCUUAAAAGUAAACUUACUUUAAAAUGUGUAAUUAUGAAAUACACAGUUGCUUUCAUCUACAUACACACAUAUUCCAUACAUAAUGGAAAAGUUAUUCAAUUUACAAGAAAGCAUUUUACUCUAUAAUCUAGAAUACUUUGUUGAAAAUGUGUAAAAAGUUUAGAACUUUUUCGGAACUUCUUUACAACUUUAUCUGUACUUUGACAAUGUAGCCUAGGAUUCCAUCAGAUGAUAAUCAUUACAUGGUGUGUAAGAUUCUAGGUUUAAUUCUUAAAUAGGACAACGAUUAAACUGUCAAUGUACUUUUUAACUUCCAUUGCCCUAGUCUGAGUAUCAGGUUUAUUAAGAUUUAUUUUGGAAGGAGAAAAUAGAACUUCUUUGGCCAUUAGUGACCACGGUAAUCUAAAAGUUUUUAUACCAAAUACUGUAAAAAAUUACAUUUCCAAGAUAAAGAUCAAGAGCAGUAUCCUUACUUUGAAAAGUAAAAAAACUUAAAAACUUAACACUGAAGGAAGCACAGAUAGAUGAUUUGGCUUGAAAAUAAACUGUCCCUAAAAAUUACUUCCUUAAAUGAUAACUCCACCUAUGGAUUUAAAAUAUAAAUUGUAUUUAAGGAUAAGUUAACAUUAAAAUUGUAACCGGAGAUUACAAUAACUGCAACACUGUCACUGGACUAUUACAGUCAUUUUCCUGCGAAGUCUGGAAGAAGAUGUCAAGCUAAGUAAUGUUCUGUUUGCUUAUAUAAAUGGUGACAGACAAAACCAAUUAUCAAGCGAUACUGUUUAAAAAUAUAGACAUUUAUUAUUAAGAAAUCAACUGGUUUAAUAAUAACAUUAUAUUUGAAGAUAAUUUAAUACAUAUUCAUGUUAAAAUAAAUGUAAAUUUGGAUUC